AGAGAAAUGAAAAGAUAGAAUUUAGGUAUAGAAUGAAAUAAAGAGACAGAUUUAUGGACAAAAAGGGAAAUGACAAGGCACAGUCUUACAGAGGGAAAUGACAAGGCCAGACUCUAUGAAAAACACAGAAGGGAGCAUGACAACUAGCUCUGAGCUGGUACCACCGUCUCCUAUGAAAUUGGGUACCAGAAAGUCUCGUCAUCGUCGGAAUAACAGCAGAGGGUCUAUGAAAGACAUUACCUCUGCUCAAAUCUCAAUCUACAUAUGAAGCAUCACUGGACACCCAAACAUCAGACAAACUUAACCCUGCAGGGCUUCAUCCUACUGACCAUGCACCCUAUCCUGGGACAUUUAAAUUUUUGGGACCUGCCACUGCAAUCGGGGAGUAUCGAAGUGAAGAUGAAGCUGAUGGCCAAGAGACAAGGUUAACUCAUAUGGAAAACAACAUGAAGAAACGUCAGGAGUGUUGUAGCAAAAACUCAUCCACUUCUGCCACCAGGCACUUGCCAAUCUCAAAACACUCACCUGUAAGUAAACACUUACCAGCAUCAAAACAGAACUCUUCAUCCUAUCAAGACAAUAACAUUAAUGAUGUCUGCUUUGGCUGUGAUGGUGGCUGCAGUGAUGCUACUUGUAGCAGAAAUGCUCAUCCCAGGUCAGUGCAGAUGUGGAGUGCACGUGACCUAUCCCCUCUGUCCAGCCCAAAACAGAACUUUGAAACUAUGAGUGAAAAAUCCUCUCCGGAUAUUGACCUCUCAUCCCGACCUGAAGAAUAGAAGCCCCUCCAGAAGGAUUCUUGAAUCUGAUUUGAUGAAGAAAGGAGUUAUGAAAACAUUAGAGGAUACAAUAUGCUAGGAAAUUUAGAGACCAACUGUUUCCAAAGUGGAAUAGAAAAAAGAAAUGAGUCACCAGAGAAGACCAAUGCUCCGAAGAAGUUUAGAAAUACAAAGCACUCUGAAGAUUCAUGCUCAGAAGAAGUAGGAGACGUUAGUGAGGAUGAUGAAUCAAGUAGCCACCCUCCCUGUCGUCAGUCUCUCUCAACUCUCAGUUCUGAAGGUGUGUUGUCUGAGGAGGACAUGACUAGCGAUCGCUCUGGUCAUCAAGAUGGCAGUGGCGAUAAUGGCUUUUUGUCUACGGGUAGUGCAGAAAAUUUACAAGCAGAGUUGACAAAGUUUACAAAUAUACCUGAUGGGUUGUCCGACAGGGAGAAGACUGUCAGGAAGAUGAAGAAUAAAGUCAACUCCCCUGACAGAAUAUUUGAAAAAUGUGAUACAGAAACUAGUUCAAGUUCUGAUGAAUGCUCUGACAUGACUGUCUCAUCAACUAUACACAAAACCAGAUCUCUAGAAACUAGUACACACUGGUAGUAGUUUUUCUCUUAGUUGUAUUUCCUCCAGACAGAAGUCAUCAGUUCUAUCACUUACAAUUAGUGUGUUCAGUGAACUGUGCUAGAUAAACAUCAUUCGGACAUCGAUACAAAUGGUUAGACAACCAUUUACAAUGUUUUGUUUGGACAUCCAUCAAGUUGGAUAGACUACCAUUUACGCUGUUUUGCCAUUUGUUUAAAUCAAGCAGUAAACUAGUCCUGCGACGUCAUGGAUUCAAAAUUUCACUAUAACAAAAACAUCUUAAAACACAAAGACAGCAUCUUUGAAUUGCAUUACUUGGAGGAUGUAACAGUGCAUCAAACCAAUGUUUUCACUGCUCUUGGUCUGAGACCACCAUCAAUUGCACAUAAACGGAUUCAUUUAUCAUUGUGCACCAUCUUUAGAAAUGAGGACCUUCAUGGAAUGCAUUCAGUUUAAAUCUGAAUUGAAGUCAUGUAACAAUCUCAAUUUUAAAAAAACUCAACAAUUGACAUGUCGCCACGACUGCAAGUCAGGAGAAACAGAAUUUCUGUGAAAAUGUCUUAAUUUUAUAUCUUUACACUUAAAUAAAUAAAUAAAUUAUUGCUUUAAUAUAGUGCUACUUUCAUGCCUAUAGCAUGCUUAUAAUGCUAUGGUCCAAUCUCAUUCAUGGACCAGUGAGGGGGUAUCUGUGAGAAGGUUUUCCGUGCUGCCUUUAGGCGCUCAGUAAACACAACUAUGCCUGAGUCAAGGGUCGAACCUCGAGCCCCCUUCAUAGGUAGCCAAGCCAAGUUCAAGCGUACUUAGCCUCUGGACCACACUUCCCACUUAGAAUAAACUUUAAUUGUAUAUUUUUACACUUAGAAUAAACUAUUCAGUUAGUUUGGCUACCAUACACAAACUGUCUAUCAUUGCCACUGAUACAUCAAGACUAAAGAGUUUUGAUUUUCCCUACUUAUGCUCAUCUUCUUUGCAUUGAUGCGAAUAUGUAAUUUUUUUUUUGUGGCAUGAUUCUAAUUAUCUUAUACUAAUAGUAAAACUUUAAAUGUUUAUGUAAGCAUCACCUCACCAUAUCCUGAUUGUAUUAUGCUUGUCACAUAUAGAAAAAGUAAAAUGCAUUGCUAUUAGGGAAAAUCAUAUUAAAAUGAUGGCAAAUUUGUGCAUUUUCUGCCAAUAGAAACUUGAUCUAAACUAAAUAAAAGCAUGCACUAAAUCAAUGAAUCAAAAAUUGUCAUUUUAUAUCAGAUUUGUCAAUGGUUUAUACAAGUCUAGAACAACUUUUCAAAGCUAACCCUGGGCCAUUGAUGUAUUGUGUGGAGGAGGAUGAGCUGUAUUUUUUUAAUUUUUGUUGUUUUAUGUCCAUUCUAACAGUUCUGUGAACUCAUCCUUUCUAAAACUACCAGCUGUUUCAAUUGAACUAACUACUUACUGGUUAAUAGAUUUUAAAAAAAAAUUGCAUUGUUAAUUAUUUUGAUCUAAAUGAGAUUUGAUCAAAGGACAUUAGUACCUUUAGAUUCUAAUUUUGAAAUGUAUUUAGUUAAAUUAUGCUACAAAUAUUAGUGAUUUUCACACAUUUUUCCAUUUCUCUGAUUUUUGCUUCUUAGAUAAUGUACACUUAUGACAUAGACCUAUUUUUCUGUUUCUAGUAUAAAUAAUCAAUUUGAACAAGUCUAUGUGAAUCUUGUGCAUAUGAAAUUUACCUUCCAAAUUCCCCCUCAACCCCCUCCCUUUUUUAUUAGUUUUAUCAGGGGAGUCAAUAAUAUUUAAACUUCAAUGAGUUACCAAAAUCAUUGUAGAUCAGUUUUAUAAUUAGUACUGGAUCCACUACUUCUGUGGGGAUAUGAUCAUUUUGAAUGGUGGCACUUCAUAUGGGGAUAGAGCCAAUGAUAGAAUCAUCAGAUGUUUGUGGGAAAUAAAACUAAGUGGGCCUGUGAAGAAGGGCUUCUAAGUGUAUAAUGCUCAUUUCCUUGAUAUAUAUUUUAAUUUAUUUUUAAAGUGAACUAACUUUAGCUUUAAUGAUUUAUUUCCUUAUGCUAAACCCAGUCUAGCUUCAAUUCAUUGUGAUUGACUUAUCUAUAAGUAGGCCAUCUCUAUAGUCACUUUCUCCACUAUGUAGUUUUAUUACUUCUUUCAUCUUAGGGAAUCCUAUUCAAUAUGUCAUUUAUUAAAUGGCUUCACUUCUGAAAUAAUUUCUUUAUAUGUCUGGUAAUUAUUAAUACCAAAUCUUCAGAGAUCAGCUCCAACAGCAGAAAUAGAUUAUACCAUCAACAUUUUAAUACUAGUCAUUUUGUUUAAAAAUAACACAAAUUGUUAGUUGUAUCAAGUCUUACAACAUUGGCAAGAUGUCACAAAUUAUACAUUCAACAGUGGUGUGCCUGGCUGUCUGAAAUUGCAUGAGUGUUUUUGUCUCUCAUUGCACUUUGUUUUAAAAGUUUUUGUACCAGACUCUCCAAUGAGACCAAUUUUUUUUUUAUACACUAACUUCCUUCUAUUGUCUAAAGGCAUUGACUGAUACUUCUAAACAAAGAUAUUUAUUUUCUCUCUUUGUUCACUUUUUUUUCUCUUUCUUUACUUUUGGAUUAUCUUCCUUUUCUUGUUUACAUUUAAGCUAUGGAAUGUUAUAUUUUCCUUUGAUUUAGAAUCGUCUUUUUCUGACAUCAGCACAAAUUUUAGGGCAUUCUCCCCUCAUGAGUAUUUUAUUGCUAAGCUCUUUGUUAUGUCUUAACAUUUAGUGCUGAAUUCACUACUUCUAUAGUGAUAUGUCAAAGGAAUUUGUUAGGCUUCACUUGUUUACAAUAUCAAAUAAGGCAGAUAAAAGUUUAGUUUUGUUUUUGUUUUGUGUAUUUUGAGUAAGUUUUAUAUAAUGACAAUAAUGUCAUAGUAAAAACAAAAGUGUUCGAUAUGAAAUGAAAACAGUUCAUAAUGCUAGUGUCUUUGGAGUCAGUCAAGUUUUGUUUAUCAAGAAGUUUUGGACUUAAUUAUUUGGUUAGUGACAGCGAUGACAGACAGAUUCCCUUCAUUAUUAGAUUAAAUGUUUGAACCGCCAACACACUUGAUUGUCUCAUUAUAUUGUUGGCAUUGCCUCUGAGUUAAUUUGGUUAGUUGAAAUUAGUUGUUAGAAUACUCAAGACACAGCGAAGAAGUUACCAUCCACAUGUACAUCUAGGCCUGACCACAGUUUGAAAUGCUAAGAAGAUUAUCAAAAACUAAUAGUCAAAUUGUAUGAAAUAAUUGCUUCUUGGUAGAAUGAGAUGUUAGCCAAUCUUGUAGGAUGUUAGUAAAAUCUUCUAUGAUAAAAAAAAAGACAAUAAUACAUAUUUUUAUCUAUCAGUAUUAAACUUAGUUCAAAAAUGUGCAUCAAAUUUUCCUUGGAGAAAUAAAAGCCAUUUGUUGUAGCUUAAGGUUCUUGAGUGAAUUCAAAAGUUUCUGCUUCUAGCUGCUAUGUCCCUUCAGAUAUCAAGUAGCCAUUGGACUUGAAAGAGUGUCAACAAAGUAUCACUGAAGCCUAACCUUUAUUGAUUAGACUUGAGAGAGUUCAGUGGUGCCAAACCUUUAUUUCAAUGCUGACAUAACAAACAGACAGUUUGUUAUUAUUGUAUUUGUUAAACAUAAAUGUCAACCAAAAUUGAGGCCUACUUUCUCAAACUCUUUACAAAGGUAACCUGUUAAUCAUAAAUACUGUAUGUUAAAAGAUGAAGUUAUUGAUAGGCUUCUUCAAAAGUUGGUUACAAGUUUCAAUUGUGAUCAUAGAGCUGCUAGUUUUUUUUUUUUUUUUUUUUUUAUGGUUGUUUUCUUUUUAUUGAAAAUAGUCAACUUUUUAUGUGUGUGUGUGUUUGAUCUCAAAACACACAAUAAAAAUUAAACUGAGUGAAUUCAUCAGUAUGAAUUUUAACCAGGUGCAGUAGUUUGUAUUUCAAAUAUCUAAUAAGUCCACUUGGGCAUUGUUUGCUUAUUGGGAGCUCUGCUUAAUUAGCCAGCCACUAGGAACUUUUGUCUCUUUAAAAAAAAAUGAGCAUUUCCUUUAAUUUCCUUUGAACUUUAAGGUGACUCAUUUUCAAAACCUGAUUGCAUUCAAGGUUUGCGUGGCCGAUUGCUGCACUUUGUGUAGCUAUAUUGGCUUAGCCAAUGUACAAGAAACUAUUGCAUAUUGGUAAUAAGCUAAAGCACAGGAAAAUAGUAUUUAUUGAUGACUAUUGCUAACAGCCAAUAUGAAAAGGAUUUUCAGCCAGUGCAUGUUUUCAAGAGGGGAAAAGUCCUCUUAAAUAACCACAAACAAUGAUUUCAUUGGCAGUUUUCUUUGCUUCUUUUCUCCUCAUUUUCAUCUUUGCUAAUGUUACAUUUAUUUGUUUAGCUCAAGUUUAUUUAUUUAAUGACAAUAUUUUAUCAAAUCUUUAAAAUUUCAAAAAUAAUUUAAAAUUAACAUAUCACGUUUUUAAAAAAGUUGUUUUUUUAUGUAUCUUAUAACAUGGUAACCACUAUUGUCAUUCCGAGACAAGAAUAAAAAUAGAUCCACAUUUUUUCAAGUCUAUUUUUGCAUUCCUCAAAAAGCAUGUAUGCAUCCAAAAUCCAAAAUAGUGAUACCCAGCAGAGGGCCUGCAGGCCAUAUCUGGCCCAUGGUGCAGUGCUGUUUGGCUUUUGAAGCUUCUGCUCGUAGUGCAUAAUCAAUUAAACUGCAGAGGCAAAUUUCAUUUUGUUUUUAAAUGUGGCCCAUGACCUGUAUUAGAAAUUCAGGCUGGAAAAGGUUGGGCAGCGCUGAUCUAAAUCAUUCCUUGAGAGUUUUGUCCAUCUUUCUUAAGCAAUGCAUGAUUUUAUUUCCUGUCCAACUUUUCAUAGGCCAAAAAAACAAACUUGUAGGCUUUUUAAAAUGUUGAUAGAACAGAAAGAAAAAAAUAGAUUUAAGUUUUCUUUUCAAGGGGGGGGGGGCCUCUAGUUAUUAGAAAUACAGCAUUCGGUCCUACAAAAAAAAAAUUUUUGUUGAGACUUAAAUUUGUUUUGUUUUUUUUAAUAGAUCAAUUUUCAUUGUCAUCAUCUCUAAAUUGAACUAUUCUCAAUCUGGAAAAAAAAAAUUUGUCAUAGAAACAUUUAUUACUACAUAACCUGAAAAAAAAAAAAGUUAAAUAUUGUAUAUUACAAUAUCUUAUUGAUUUUUACUAAUGAAUUUUUUAUUUCAGUUUUUCUGUGUCUUAUUACUCUUCUUCCAUACAUUUGUAAGUGUUUAUUUCUUUGUAUAGAUCCUUUUAUUUAUUUUAACACACACAUUGCUUCGUUUGUCUUAAAGUUUACCAGUGACAUUUGUAUUACAUGUCCAGAUUAUAAUCGUUUAAUUUGGCCACAUAGUUUUGUCACUAUUCCAUUCAUUAGACAAACUCAAGUUUUGCUGGAUAAAACUUGCUUCAUCAAAACAUUGGUUUCGCUGGCAGGACUAUCACCUUGAUUUUACCUCUUAUUGAAAAGAGUUCAUGUUAUUUAUGCUUUUCUUUGACUUUUGCACUCUCAAAUAUACAAAACAUUAAUCAUAGGAAAAUCAUGAAACAAUUGUUGUUUUUUUUGCCAUGUCUACUACUGUUGUUAAAAUUUUAGGGGAAAGGGGGGGGGGGGGACAAAAAUGUCCUCUGUGGACCUCAAAUUAUUUUUUUUUUAAUGUUUGCUUUUUGGUUUGUUUUAUUUACAUUUAGUUUGUCUUGCUUCUCAUUUUAUAAGUCAGAAGAAACCAAACAAGCUGAGUAAACAUCUGCUUAAUACUUAUUUUUUACAAAUUAUAUUUGGUAGCACUCUUUGGCUUUUUUUGUUUUUUUUGCUAAAGCCUUUCUUGUUGACUAAGUUUUAAAGUUGCUGUGUGAUUAGUACAAAAAAAAACAAACAGUUUUGUAUAUGAUAUUAUAUUACAUUAUUAUUCAUAAUUGUUACUUAUCCAUUUUUGUUUUACAUUCAAACACUUGUACAUUGACAGUAGAACUCUUUUGUGUUCUCCUGAUUGCUACAAUCAUUCUAGUGGCAGCCAUUUUAUUUCUUGUUAUUUGUAGGACUAUGAUUCAGUUGUUAUUGUUGUCAAUUAGUGCUGCAAAUGGUUAUUACGUAUUGCGUGUAUAUGGUUUUAAAAUCUUUUAUGAUUAUUCUAUAGACAAUCUGAAUAAUGCUUCCCAUUAAUAAAUGAUGGGUUUCUAGGCAUUGAACUUGACUUGUUAUAAACUAAUAGGCCUGUAAGCUAAUAAACUAGAAAUGAUUGAA